AUAUAUGCCUUGUGGUCAUAGGACGUGUAGUUCUCGCGUUUGCGCGUUUCCCUCGUGUUUUCUAAUAUAUUCUGCCGAGUGCUGGUAUGCUUUUCAGGCUGGUCAAUAUUUAAAUUACAAUUUAUAUUAUCAUUUGAAUAUCUGUGAAAAUAUACCACGUUCAUGAAAACAGUGACCUUGGUGCCUCGAAGCCUUUAUAAAAAAGGUUUGGUGUGUGUAUACGCGACAACUUUGUCUUAGGCGCAGGACAAGUUCUAACUCACCGUAUUCUCAGUGAGAUAAUAUGAUUUGUUGUCUGGUUAUAUCGAUGAAGUAUCGUGUUUUAAAGUGAACUAAAGAAUAAUAUAUUCGGUAUUUUUUUGUUGUUGUUAAAUAUUGGUGAUCUGUUAUUUGCGUUUCACAAUGAAUAAAAAGUGCUAGAAAACAGUGAACACAUUCUGACGGACGGGGAGUAAAACUGCGAUAUGUGCCUCACAAUUAUGAUGGUGUGAGAGUAUUUAUCAAUUUUCGUAUGUUUUGAAGGUUAUCCAGUAGCAAUAACUAGAAUCUGUCUCGCACUUGCCUAUUCCUUCGUUCCUAUGUUUAUCGUAAACUCUUUAGUGUUGGAAUUGUUAGGUAAAUGUUCAAAUACUCGAUUUCACGUUAGCCGAUAAGGACGAAACAACUCAAGUGUGGAAUAAUUCGUAGCAGUGAGUAGGCGGAAGCUAACAAAAAAGAUCUCCCCAUACAAAUGUCAACUCGAUUAAACGCUACAAAAAGGAGAAAGCGCAGCAAUGGGUAUAAUUAUCAACCGAGUCAAUAAUAGGAAAGAGGGCAGUCACUAGAUUCAACCAUCGUUAUUGAUAAGCCAUGGUUCUGUAGAAUUGUAAACGCAUCUGUGACAUUUAAAAAAAAUUAUCAAGCAUUCCGCAAACAAAGACAAGCGUUCUCUUUUAACGCUCCGGUUUCAUUACAUCAGACGUUGUGUGUUCGCAAUAUCGCACUGAAUUUCGACGACUUCGACGAGAACCAGCACAGAAAUCGUCCGAAAAUGUCGUCUGUCCUGCUUGAAGCCCGUCCUUAUCGGCCGUUCAAAUCCAGCGAAGAAUAUCUGUAUGCUAUGCGAGAGGAUUUGGCGGAAUGGUUGAACACGAUGUAUCCAGAAUUACGCGUCAACGUAGAUAAUUUCAUGGAUCGUCUCGACACAGGUGUGGCGCUAUGCAAGCACGCGAAUAAUGUCCGGCGAGCAGCGGAAGAAUAUCUUUUACGAAGACAAGCACGAAAUAAAUCCAUGACAAAAUCGAUGACGUCCGGUCUGGCUGGCCCCAUAUUGAGUAUGGGUAAUGUCCAUUUUUUACCAGCGGCCAAAAGUGGUACAUUCUUCGCCAGAGAUAAUGUUUCGAAUUUCAUAGCAUGGUGUCGGAAAAGUCUACAAAUAUUCGAAUGUUUACUUUUCGAAACCGACGAUUUAAUAAUGCGAAAAAACGAAAAACACGUUAUCCUUUGUCUCUUGGAAGUUGCUCGACGGGGAGCUAAAUUUGGCAUGCUUGCCCCGAUGCUGGUGCAAAUGGAGAGACAAAUCGACAAGGAAAUCGCUGCCGAUAACAAAGCGAAUGGCAUUGGCUGUGGAACCCAGACCGACGGCAAUGUUCAUUCCGUUGCGAUUGGUGUCGAGGAUAAUCUGUUCGAAUCCGACAGCGAGGACGAAGACGAUCCAAACGGACCGAUGAUGAUGUAUGGGCCACAGCCACAGAUAGUCACCAACGAUUUGAAAAGUUUGGACGAAAUGGUUCGAGAUCUGGUAGAAAAGUGCACGUGCCCGUCACAGUUCCCCAUGAUACGAGUUUCUGAGGGAAAAUAUCGCAUUGGUGAUACAAAAGUAUUGAUUUUUGUAAGGAUUCUUAGGUCGCACGUGAUGGUUAGAGUCGGUGGUGGAUGGGACACGCUUGCACAUUAUUUGGAUAAACAUGAUCCCUGUCGAUGCAAAGCACAACAUCGUUCAUCGGUAGCGGCGAGACUGAUAACCAAAACUACCAAUGUUAACAACGGUAUCGAGCUGCACAAGGCUCAAGUGGUUUAUGAUAGAUCACCAACUCCGUCGUGGAAAUCAACCGCACACGGCGGACAAACACCAUAUGUGGAGAGCACUGGUAGCACUUUAUCUCCGCAAGGCUACACUCGAAGCCGUAGUCGUAGUCCAAGUACUCAACGGAAAAUUAACCACAACUCUGAAACUCCAGCUAACACGUUAGAAAAGGGUUACCUCGCUUCUCCAAGGUUAAUACGUCGCUCUAUGUCGCCUAGUCCCCGUCGUUUGGAAAUGAAGAAAAAACAAAACUCAUUGGAUUCAGGUUCAGUUAGCGCACAAGUUGGCGCUAAUAACCCUAGUAAUACUUUACAGCAAGCCACAGUCCAUUUUGAAUGUGAUCGAUACGGUGCUAUUGUAACCGAUGCAAAGUCUGAGUAUACUGGUGAGGAUAAAAGUAAUAAGUAUGAGAACAUUAGUGAUAAUGGAAGCGAAAUUAGCGAUGAAGGAUAUCGCAGUUUGGGUUUAGUGCAAUCGAAUGGUGCUGUUCAAACUCAAAAGCGUAUAUCGCUCCAUAGCCAAGCUUCUAAUGAAGAUGCUGAAAUUAGCGCGCAUCUCGAACAAAAUUCUUCCGAGUCGCAAGCGACGCCUACCGACGAUUUGACAACCAUCUCAGAUGAAAUGACCACAAAAUCGGAUGACACUGAAAAGGACACCGCAUUGAAGGUAGAGCCGCAAGCAGUUGAAACAAAUUUUAGCAAGUCGGGUGUGUAUAUAACAGAUGAUGAAAUCACAAUCGAUGUUACCAACAGUACAGGACUUAGAAAGACUGAAUUUUCUGAAAAUUUGUACGAUUCAAAUGAAGUCACCACGCCCAAAUCAAGCGUGGCUUGUAAAAUUCCAAUGUCCCCCACACCACCAAGACGUAAAAAUGUUGAAAAUGUGAAUACAAAUGAUAAAGCAUCCACUUUGACACGGAAGAUUCCGACUUAUCGAUCCGUGCGGAAAAAUAAUCAAACGUCCGAUCAAAGAGACAGUAAUACUUGGAGUGGUAGGACUGCAAAGCAAAAACCGUUAGUCACGAGUGAAACAUUUGAUAAUAAAACCGUUCCACCAGGAGCAACAUUAUCUCGCAACUCUCCGGCAAGAACGCCACAAUGUGACAAAAAUGGCAGAAGAAUUAAACCGGUUAGCACUUCGGUGAACACAUCACCAAAUAAAGGUAGCUACACGUCGGCCUUAGCUCAACAAUUGAUGGAAGCAGCAUCCGGUGCCCAAAACGAUGUGCAAAUGAUAGAAAAAGUAAAGCAAUUACUGUCCAAGUAUUCGGACAACCAACAGCAGCAGCCACAGCAGCAGCAGCCAUCAUGCAUCACAAAUCAAUACGAUGAUUUCACCACUGCCUGGGUGAACAACAAUGGAAUCGUUGAUCAUAACACGAACAGUUCGCCCAAACUUCAAUCAAAGCGAAGUUCUACGGUAUCAACCACAUCGGAAGGAGCCAAUUGCAAGGAAAUACCGUCGGUAAUCUCGCCACGGCGGGAAAAAGGCAUGUCCAAAAUUCCAGCACCAGUUCGUUCCAACACAGGAUUGUACUGACAUAGACGCAAUCAGUCGUUAAAUAUACAUAACACUAAACAUGGCUGAUAUGUGCAAUCAUUAUUAUAAUAAGGUUCCAAAAAGCUAUCCAGUGAUCAUCGCUUUGGUCAAUUGCAAUAUGAUGAAAAAAUGGAAACAAAACUUACAACUGUGGUCCAGACAGUCGAUGUUUAUUAUUGUUAUGCUUUGCAGCUUUAGAAACACACGAAUACUAAACCGUUAUGUUAUAGUGCCUCAGUUGAUAUAAUAAAAAAGCAUUUCCUUCUAUAGGUCUAUAAACAAAAAAACUAUUAACGGUGCUCCUUACUAACUGUUCGAGAAGAUUAUCGACCAAAUUAUGUUGACGACAAAUUUUUGGAUAGAACAAUAUCACUAAAAAAAAUCAAUUUUACUUUCAACAACUAAACGAAACGAACAUAUUCUCCAUCUCUCUAUUUCUUAUAAUCCACUUCCAUAGAAAACUUUGAAAACCAAUAGAAGACAAAUAAAACUAUAUUCCACAUCAUUCACGUUGGUGUAAUUUGAAUGCAAAGAACACAAAAUGCCAUAUAUAAUCCAAAAAUAUUUAUAGUCACAGUUACAAACAAAUACUUCAGUAUGAAAAAAAAUAGGAAAGAAAUUCCUAACAUGGCAAAAAUCACUUUUAACCUUCGAAGGGCGUUUGUAUCCUACACAUACUAAAUUGAAAUAAACUAUCUGCUACAGAAAA